CUGCGGCGGAGCGGCCGACGUCGGGUCCGCGCCCACUGUCUCCCCCUCCCUGCUCUCUUCUUCCGAUUCCCACUCCUUCCCCCGCCCGUCCAGCGCAGCCCGCCCGGAGAGCUGCGGGAGCUCCGCGGGAGACUCAGGUGGUAAAGAUUUAUCCUGCGGGGAAGUAGAAGAGUACCUCAUUAAAAAAGAUGCCUCCCAAGAUCAAGCGCCACCUAAAUGAUGAUGAUGUCACAGGUUCUGUGAAAAGUGAGAGGAGAAAUCUUUUAGAAGAUGAUUCAGACGAAGAAGAGGACUUUUUUCUAAGAGGACCAUCUGGACCAAGAUUUGGACCCAGAAAUGAUAAAAUUAAGCAUGUUCAGAAUCAGGUGGAUGAAGUCAUUGAUGUCAUGCAAGAAAAUAUUACAAAGGUAAUAGAAAGAGGGGAGAGACUAGAUGAACUACAGGACAAAUCAGAAAGCUUAUCGGAUAAUGCAACUGCUUUUAGCAACAGAUCCAAACAACUUCGAAGGCAAAUGUGGUGGCGUGGAUGCAAAAUAAAAGCUAUCAUGGCUUUGGUUGCUGUUAUCCUUUUGUUAGUGAUUAUCAUUCUUAUAGUUGUGAAAUACUGUACUUGAUUUGAUGACAGAUCUUCAUUAAACAAAAUCUGGGACAAUAAUAAUAAAAGGUUGCUGCAUAAUUUAAAUGAAA